AAAGCCACCAUGGACAAGCAGUUGGGGAUUUUGUGUGUGUACUUUUUGUGUUUGUAUGGAAGUCUGAGCAGCGGGGUGAACGGAGAUUUUCCACAAGUCCUGAAGAACAGCAAGCUGGACAAGCACGAUGUUCGAGUCAGUCUGAAUGUUCCAGACCACACUGGGAUGACAGUGUCUGGAAACAGUUAUCAGAAAGUCUGGCAGAAGUUUGGGAUCCAGAGCACAACUGAACGAGAUGCUUUCCUUAAUGAAUCAUUCCCCACUGGAUUCAAAUGGGCCACCUCAAGUGAGUCCUUCAAGGUUGAAGGUGCCUGGAAAGCAGGGGGGAAGGGAGAGUCCAUCUGGGACCAUUUCGGCCAUGAAAGGCUAGCCUAUGGGAAUCAGACGGCUGACUUAGCUUGUGACAGUUACAACAAGGUGGAUUACGAUCUCUACCACCUGCGAGGUCUUCAAGUCAACACCUACCAGUUUUCCAUCUCCUGGGCCCGUAUUUUCCCUUCAGGCCUCCGGGGCAGUCAAUCAGAGAAAGGGGCUCUCUACUAUGACAAGCUGAUCAAUGCUCUCAUUGAAUCUGGCAUAGAGCCUGUUGUUACUCUCUACCACUGGGAUCUGCCUCAGGCUCUCCAGGUCAACGGUGGAUGGAAAAACACUGCCAUCAUUGAAGCCUUCAAAGACUAUGCAGACUUCUGCUUCUCCAGAUUUGGAGACAGGGUCAAGACCUGGAACACAUUCAGCAGCCCUUGGGUGGAGAGUUAUGCUGGGUAUGGCACUGGUGAGCAUGCCCCCAGCAUAAAGGAUUAUGCUGUUUCGUCUUAUCAGGUCACUCAUAAUAUGCUCAAGUCCCAUGCUGAGGCCUGGCAUGUCUACAAUGACAAGUAUAGAAGCACUCAAGGUGGGAAAGUGGGCAUUGCACUGAACUCUGACUGGGCUGAGCCAAAGGAUGCGGUCAGACCUGAAGACAUAGAAGCUGCUGAUCGCUACCUGCAGUUCAUGCUAGGCUGGUUUGCACAUCCCAUAUUUGUAAAUGGAGAUUAUCCUCCAACACUCAAAGCACAGGUUGAAAAGAAAAGAAGUGAUUGUCCACCCGCUGUGGCUCCAGUACUUCCAGUAUUUAGUUCCUCAGAAAGUCAGAGGAUAAAGGGUUCUGCUGACUUUUUUGGAUUAAACCAUUAUACUUCUCGUUUGGUCAGAAUCAGUAAUGGUGGGUGUGCUGCUAAUCCUCAGGGAGUUGGUGACUUCCACACACAUGUUGACCUCUCAUGGCCUUCUACAGCUUCUGACUAUAUCUAUUCUGUACCAUGGGGACUUAGAAGGCUCCUAAACUACAUUUCCACGGAAUACUUGAAUGUUACGAAAGUGCCUAUUUACAUAACUGGGAAUGGGAUGCCAACAGAAUACAGUGGGGACAGCCUGAAUGACACCAGCAGAAUUGAGUACAUGAAGAGUUACAUCAAUGAGGCCCUGAAAGCAAUUGUCACUGAUGGAGUGGAUGUUCAGCGAUUCACAGUGCAGUCACUCAUGGAUGGAUUUGAAGGAAAACAAGGCUACAGCCAGAGAUUUGGUCUUCACUAUGUCAACUUUGAAGUUCCAGAUAGACCAAGACUCCCAAAGCAAUCAGCCUAUUUCUACAACCAGCUGAUCAAGAAAAAUGGUUUUGGUUCACUCAAAUCUAAAGUUUUCAGAGGGGUAGAAAUGCCACUUACCCACCGUUCAGCAGGUUUACCAGCAUCAGAGGUUCCAGCUAAAUCAAAGGUUGUCUUCGAGAAGUUCUCACGUCAGUCAAAAUUCCAGAGAUCAGUGUAUCACUAUGGCAGUUUCCCACAAGGCUUCAGUUGGGGAGUUUCAUCUUCAGCCUAUCAAAUUGAAGGUGGAUGGAACGCAGACGGGAAGGGGCCCAGUGUCUGGGAUGUCUACACUCACAAACCUGGCAGUGUUGCUAGUGAUGCUAAUGGAGAUGUAGCCUGUGAUAGUUACAACAGACUUGAUGAAGACCUGUACAUGCUGCGAGCUCUGGAGGCGAAAUCUUACAGAUUCUCUUUGUCCUGGUCCAGGAUCUUUCCUAAUGGUAGGCGUUCCUCCCUGAACCAGAAAGGUGUUGACUACUACAACAGACUCAUUGAUGGCCUCUUAGAAUCCAAAAUCACCCCCAUGGUGACACUCUAUUACUGGGACCUCCCACAGGCUUUGCAAGACAUCAGUGGAUGGGAAAAUCCUCAACUGAUUGACAUUUUUAAUGACUUUAGUGACUUCUGCUUCGCUACCUUUGGCAACAGAGUGAAAUUUUGGAUGACCUUCAACCAGCCUCACACAAUUGCGUGGUCAGGAUAUGGAAUUGGACAGAUCCCACCGAAUGUUCAUGAACCAGGAACUGCUCCGUACAGAGUUGCACACAACCUGAUCAAAGCACACGCCAAGGCCUACCAUACGUACAAUGACAAUUAUCGCAAUUCCCAACGUGGUUUGGUUUCCAUUGCCCUCAGUACUGAUUGGGUUGAACCUAGAGAUGUCAAUGAUAUCCGUGAAGUGGCGGCUGCUGACCGUGCAUUACAGUUCCAACUGGGUUGGUUUGCACACCCCAUUUUCAAGAAUGGUGACUAUCCUGAUAUAAUGAAGUGGCAAGUUGCAAACAAAAGUGACCUACUCGAACUUCCACAGUCAAGGCUACCUUCCUUCACUGAAGAAGAGAAGAAAUUCAUCAAGGGAACUGCUGACAUGUUCUGUAUAAAUCAUUACACAACAAAAAUUGCAAGCCACAUUACAGCUCCAUUUGACCCUCCGUCCUAUGAAUCUGACUGGGAUGUUUCACUAACAGAGGAGACCAGUUCGCCAUAUACGGCCUAUAUGUACCAGAGAGCUGUAUCGUGGGGCUUGAGAAGACUCCUUAACUGGAUCAAAGAAGAGUACGGAGAUCCAGACAUUUACAUUACAGAGAAUGGAGUGCCUACAAAUUCUUCUGUUAACAUCUGGGAUGAUAUUGAAAGAGUUUUUUAUUACAAGACCUAUGUCGACGAGGCUCUCAAAGCCUCUCAGCUUGAUGGUGUGAAGGUGAAAGGCUACGUGGCAACAUCACUAAUGGAUUCUUUGGAGUGGCGGAAUGGAUACAACUUUACAUUUGGUUUGCACCAUGUGGACUUCAGUAACCCAAACCGGCCAAGGUCACCCAAGUACUCUGCUCAUUACUACUACCACAUCAUGAAAGAUAACGGUUUCCCUACAAAUUUAGAGGAGAAGAUUUAUGGACAUUUCCCAAAAAAAUUCAUUUGGGGUACUGCUACAGCUGCAUACCAGAUUGAAGGGGCUUGGAGAGCAGAUGGAAAAGGUCUCAGCAUCUGGGACAAGUUUGCUCAUACUCCAGGGAAAAUGGCGAAUCAGGACACUGGGGACUUGGCCUGCGACAGUUACAAUAGAAUAGAAGAUGAUAUUAAGUUAUUGAAGCAGCUUAACGUGUCCCAUUAUCGUCUCUCCAUAUCCUGGCCAAGGGUACUUCCUGAUGGCACCACCAAACACAUUAAUGAGGCUGGAAUCAACUACUACCAAAGAGUGUUGGAUGCUCUGCUUGCUGCAAAUAUCCAACCAUGUGUCACCCUGUACCAUUGGGACCUUCCGCAAGCUCUGGAAGAUGUUGGGGGCUGGGAAAAUGAGACUAUUGUUGACAGAUUCAAGGAAUAUGCUGACCUAAUGUUUAGCCGUCUGGGCCCCAAAGUGAAAGUUUGGAUCACCAUAAAUGAGCCGUUCAAUGUAGCUUAUAUUGGUUAUGGCAUUGGAAUUGCUGCCCCAGGGUACACUGACCGACCAGGCACUCUGCCCUACAUUGUUGGUCACAACAUUAUUAAAGCACAUGCUGAGGCUUGGCAUGUCUACAAUGACAAAUACCGGGCCCAACAGAAAGGCAUGAUCUCCAUUUCCGUUAACUCUGACUGGACAGAACCCAGGAAUCCCUAUAAGCAGGAAGAUAUUGAUGCAGCUGAACGUGUACUGCAGUUCUUCAUUGGGUGGUUUUCCCAUCCCAUAUUUAAAGGUGACUACAGUGAGAUGAUGAGGACAAUCGUUCGAGAACGGAGUCUGGCUGCUGGUCUACCACAAUCCCGACUGCCUGAGUUUACUCCAGAGGAGAUCAGAAGAAUCAACGGCACCUAUGAUUAUUUUGGAUUCAACCAUUACACCAGUGUCCUGGCAUUCAAUGUGGACCAUGGAAACAAUCAGCACUACGAGGCAGACAAGGGUGCAGCAGUAAUGUCUGAUCGUACCUGGCUGGAAGCAGGUUCGCCCUGGUUGAAGGUUGCACCAUUUGGAUUCCGCAGGAUACUGAGGUUCAUCAAGGAAGAGUAUGGAAAUCCACCACUCCUUGUAACAGAGAAUGGAGUGUCAGAGCAUGGCCCUGUUGACCUAAAUGACAUUCACAGGAUCUACUACUACGAAAAAUACAUCAACGAGGCACUCAAAGCUUACUUGCUGGAUGGAGUGAAUCUUAUUGGUUACACUGCUUGGUCAAUGAUGGACAACCUGGAGUGGAACGCUGGCUAUACAGAAACAUUUGGCCUUUUCUACGUCAACCGCUCAGACCCUGCACUUCCUCGAAUGCCCAAGGCCUCAGCAUCAUUUUAUAUCAACAUGAUAAAAUGCAACGGAUUCCCAGACCCUGCCUUAGGACCCCAUGAGUGCUUGAACCCUGACACUGGAGGAACAACUACGCCAACGACUACCACCACUGUGAAACCCGUGACUGGAGGAACAACUAAGCCAACGACUACCACCACUGUGAAACCUGGGACUGGAGGAACAACUAAGCCAACGACUACCACCACUGUGAAACCUGAGACUGGAGUAACAAGUGGACCAGUCACUGACAUUGCUGUGUGGUUCCUGGGUAUAAAGCUCUCCGCCAGUGACGCUGAGGUUGGACUCAACACCAUAUUUGCUCUACUGGUUGUCGCAGUGUUGGGAGUCGUGUGUUUGUCCUUGUUCGCUGUUAAGGCAAAAAAACACUCCAAGGGAAAGCUCAAUUUUGAGAGUAUGCGCCUGGAGAAAAGAUUUUAAGGGUGAACAAACUCAGAUGUAAUAGUCCAAGUCCUUAUCAUAGGCACAUAUACACAGGUUAACUGAAGGCAGCCUAUGACACUAUUUAUUUAAUGUGUUUAGCAUACAUGAUCUGCAUUACAUUGUGAAACAAAAGAUAUUGAACCACAUGUCCACGCUUGUGGCGAUUUUCUGAAGUCCGUCAUCUGUUGUGCUAUUUAUCAGUACCAUUUAUUUUCUGUUAAUAAUCCAGUUUCUUAUGUGAAAUAAUUUGUUUAUAAGGUUAAAUAUAAUUGUGUUGUACAGAUUAAAAUCAUAUCAUGUCUUGAUGAAUAUUCAGUCUUCCAGGUCAUGGUACAAAAAAACUAGCCUGAACAAGGGCAAAGGGACUUGUAGAGUUUCCUGAAGAUGUUUUACCAUUCAUCCAAGAAGACUCUACAGUUCUGAUACACAUAGCUCCUCUUUAACCUGGAGCUGUGUGGCGCAGAAAUCACUCAAUGCCACUAGAGGUCACUGUAGGAUUACACUGUCACAGUCUUCUGAGCACCUGGCAACCAACCUCACAGUUAAGGCUCUUUCAAUGUGCAUUACUUUACGAUGGAAUCAGUAUUUUAGUGACAAGCAUAUGUGAUAUCGAUGCUAUAAAAUGGUUUUCAUCUGUUUAUCCAAUAAGUUAACAACUACAAGAUACUGCACCUUUAAUUCUGGACGAUGUUAAGGUGUUUCUGACAUUUGUUGUACAAACUAAUUUCAUGUUUUAGAUACUUGAGGCACUGUAUUACUGAUUAUUCAGUACAAUAAUCAUAUAACAUGCUUCCUGUGAUAAUUCUACGGUAUAGUUACAUGUUUUAGUGGUGUUCAUCAGUUAGUGUUUACUGCAAACAUUUUCCAAAAUAAUUUGGCUUUAAACUAGUAUUAUGUGAUAUUAUUCAGAUCAUGGGACACCACUUUAACAAGAGUUUAUUUGAAUCUGUUCUCAUUUUCGUGUAGAGUUUAGGAUGAACUUGGCUUGAAUUUGCAAAGUAUCGGAUUAGAAAAUGUAUCACCUCAUCCAAAUAAAGAUUUUGCUGUAUGAUAUUCUCCAAAAACUGUCAUUGUCUUUUACAAAUAUAGAAGAUUUUUUUGUGA